AUGUCGAGCAUCUUAGUGACGGAAGCAGGUGCAAGUUCUGUUGAGGAUAUUCCCAGCUCGAUGAUCCUUCAUAACGGAGAGCCCUCCCUUUUGAGCCUUCCCCUCGAGAUCCGACUCCAGAUCUACGGUUGGGUUCAUGCCAUGCACCCGGUAGAGCACGCCCAGCUUGCGCCAUGGUAUCCAAACCCAAUCCACAGUGCGUACUUUGUCAGACUCGUUGAACCGGAAGUCAAAAUUGAGGAUCUCGCCGUGGCAGGGAAGAGAACAAUAGCCAAAACAACAGGAUACGAUGACGACAAGGGUCCGCAGCAAAGCGAGGUGCUACUUUCGCCACACCGCCCUCUCUCCGGGAUCCCGUCGGCGCUCAUGUGUGCCAACAGACAAAUCUACAGCGAGUGUCGGGCUUUACCACUGCACGCCAACGAGUUCGUCUUCGUCAACUGGUUCUCCUCAGGCCUCUGGGCGGCGCGGGCGUUUACGCGAGGCCUCCAGCCGUGGCAGCGUGGCGAAAUGCGGUUCGCGCGGCUCGAAAUGCUGGGGCGGGACUUCACGGGCCCGGCGCUCAAGGAAUGGAUCGGGCUGUGCGGGCACUGGGCUGCGGGGCUCCGCGGGCUCAGGCUCAAAGUGCUCAUCGGUGGUGGGAUCUUCGAGCCUACCGCCACGUUCGCCGCCCUGGAUGACAACGCAGAGGCCCAGGCCACAGGGCUAGGCUUAAGGACGGCGCGGCCCGGGCCGAGGCCUGAGUGGAUCGAACAGGGGCUGAAGAGAUUGGGGGCGUUAAGGAGGUUGGAGGUCGAGCUCUCGGUGCUGGACUGGGGCGACGACGAGAAGGUUGCGUGGUGUGUCGAGUUGGGGAGGAUCAUGAACGAGAGGAGGCCUGAGGAGGGACGGGAGAAGAUUGUCGUCAGCUGUGUCGAGAGGCUUAGGGAGGACCCCCAGCAAACAAGGCGAGCCAUCGGCAACUUCGCGAAGAAUGAGCUCCGCUAG